CACCAAGCCGCAGACCUUCAUUGACCACCCCUGGGACAUUCAACUUUAGGACACAUGGCUACAGGGUUCUGCUCAUCAUUUGGACUCCUAGUCAUCCUCUUGCUGAAGAAUGUUGCUGAUGCUGGCGCUUUCCCAUCAGUGCCUCUGUUCAGUCUAUUCACCAAUGCUGUAAGCAGGGCACAGUACCUUCACAUGCUGGCUGCCGACACAUACAGGGAUUAUGAGCGGACCUAUAUCUCAGAAGACCAGAGGCAUUCCAAUAAGAACUCUCAUGUAGUGUCCUGUUACUCUGAAACCAUCCCUUAUCCAACAGACAAAGACAACACUCACCAGAAGACUGACAUGGAACUUUUGCGGUUCUCUCUGAACCUUAUUCAGUCCUGGUUGAACCCAGUGCAAGCCCUGAGCAAAGUGUUCAGCAACAAUCUGGUGUUUGGAAGUUCUGACGUGUAUGAGAGACUGAAGUACCUGGAGGAAGGAAUCCAGGCUCUGAUGCGGGAGUUGGAAGAUGGAAGCUUCCGCAAUUUCCCCUUUCUGAGACCCCCUUACGAGAGAUUUGAAAUUAACCUGCGCAGCGACGACGCUCUGGUAAAAGUCUACGGCCUUCUGUCCUGUUUCAAGAAAGACAUGCACAAAGUGGAGACCUACCUGAAAGUCAUGAAGUGCCGACGCUUUGUAGAAGGCAACUGCACAAUUUAACUGUAUAUUUCUUUUCAAUAGGAGUUGUCUGUAUCCACCGGAGCUCUAUAAAAUAUAGUUCUGCCUUCUAACACUGCCUCGUGUAGUAGGAAAGGGGAUACGGCCCAAGAUGUAUAUUACUUUUGCCUAUAAUUUGUGGCUGGGAACACUUGUCAGGCGGGUUAUGCUUUUUGUGUUGCUGAAAUCUUUGUAAAUUGUGACAAAUAUAUUCUUAAUAAAGAUGCAUUUACAGAUUUGUGUAUUCAAAA